AUGGUACUAGCAGGACUCGGAAGGCAGCUGAAUACAGCGUUGAACUCAUUCAGCAAGGCUAGCGUUGUUGAUGAGAAGACACUCGACGCACUUCUCAAGGAAAUCUCAAAGGCCUUACUCGAAUCUGACAUCAACGUCAAGCUUGUAGGUAACCUACGCAACCACGUCAAGACCCGCGCUUUGAAGGAGAUCAAGGAAGCCAAUGCUAGCACAAAUCACCAAAAGUCAAAGCAGAUUGUACACAAGGCUAUCUUUGAUCAACUCGUCGCUCUCGUUGACCCACAGGAAGACCCUUACAAGCCAACGAAAGGGAAAACUAACAUUAUCAUGGCUGUUGGUUUACAGGGUGCCGGUAAGACCACAUCCUGCACUAAACUCGCAGUCCACUACCAAAAGAAGGGCUUCAAAGUAGCUCUUGUGUGCGCAGAUACCUUCAGAGCUGGUGCAUUCGACCAACUCAAGCAAAACGCUACAAAGGCUAAAAUACCCUUCUACGGCUCUUACACUGAAACUGAUCCCGUAGCAAUCUCAGUAGCUGGUGUUCAACAAUUUAAAAAGUCAAAAUUCGACGUCAUCAUUGUUGAUACCUCUGGUAGACAUAAGCAGGAGGAGGAUUUAUUCGAAGAGAUGGUAAUGAUUAGCCAGGCUGUCAAACCUCAAAUGACGGUACUCGUUAUGGACGGUGCGAUGGGUCAGGCUGCUGAAUCUCAAGCUAGCGCUUUCAAGCAGAGUUCCGAUUUUGGUGCAAUCAUUGUCACUAAAAUGGAUGGUCACGCUAAAGGUGGUGGUGCUAUCUCUGCAGUCGCUGCUACUCAAACACCUAUCAUUUUCAUCGGUACUGGUGAGAAUUUGCACGAUAUAGAUACCUUUAGACCUCGUCCAUUUGUUCAACAGCUACUCGGUAUGGGUGAUAUGCAGGGAUUGAUGGAGCAAGUUCAGGAUGUAGCCAUGUCCGACCCCGACAAACAAAAGGAACUCGCUAAGAAGUUUGAGCAAGGCAGCCUGAGUAUCAGAGACUGGUCUGAACAGAUUAAGAAUGUAACUAAACUAGGACCUAUCAGUAAGAUAGCAGGUAUGAUACCGGGACUCAACGCCGACAUGAUUGGACAAGGUGGUGACGAUGAGGCUAGCAAGAGGAUAAAAAGAAUGCUCUUCAUCACCGAUAGUAUGACGGUGAAGGAGAUGGAUAGUGAUGGUUCAAUCUUCCUGCGCAAAGGCACGGAUGGGAAAUAUGUUGGAAUGAGCAAGCGUGCACUUCGAGUUGCCAGGGGAUCAGGUACUAGUGUACGCGAAGUUGAAGAACUGUUGGUGCAAUAUACGAUGAUGAAGAGCGGUAUCCUCAACAUGAUGAAAGGGCAAGCGGGUGGAGCUGGUGGAAUGAAACCAGGUCAGCCGGGUAUGCCAUCGAGAGAUCAGGUACAACAGAUGCAAAAGAUGAUGCCACCACAAUUACUUCAAAAGCUGAAGAGUGGAGGUGGACCUGAGAUACUACAGCAGCUGCAACGCGGACAGAUUCCAAAAGGAAUGGAUCCAGAAAUGAUGGAAAAGAUGGCACAACAGAUGGGAAUGAAUCCAAAUGCGAUGGGCGGCGGUGGUGGAGGUAUGCCACAGUUGCCUGGAAUGCCACAGAUGCCACAGAUGCCACAGAUGCCUGGAAUGGGUGGCGCAGGUGGAUUCAAUCCAGCAUCUAUGCUCGGCGGAAUGGAUUUCUCGAAGAUGGCAGGCAUGUUCGGUGGUAAAUAG